UAUUUAUACAAUUUAUUAUAUAGUUGUCAAAGAAGGUAACAUAUACGUAGUAGACGUGAUAGAAUCGAAUCAAACGGCAUUCAAUAUGCAAGACCGUGGAGAAUUCAAACUCGUAACUUAUCGAAAAAAACGUCUUCUUUGCGUUCGAAAUAGUCAUAAUGCACAUGUACCUUUACCUGAUGACAAUGAUAACGAUAGCGGCAAUACCAGUUGCGAGGCACUUUUUGGGAAGCUCCUCGAGGCAGAGACCGAAUUAAGAAAUUCGUCAUUCGGUGAUGAUAUAUUUCAUUCAUUGAAAGAUUCAUUGAGUGCUUUAAACAUUGAUGGUAUUUCUGAGAUACUGUGUUAUGGUUUGGGUUCUUUCUCUUGUCGCAGGUCUUCUAAGUAUCAGUUGGCUUUACUUCUGUCUUUGAAGAACCAUUAUGGUUCUCGAGUACAUAUAUACGAUCCAGUUUUUACUCCUAAAGAGAUUCAGCUUCUAGAGAGAUUUGACUUUAAUGUUAUAAAAAUUAAUGAGGAAGGCAAGAGAAUCAUUGAGGAUAAUGUAACAUUGGUGUACAUGCCGCACUGUUCAGUACAUUUGACUAAUAAUUUCCUUUACGCAAAUUGGAGUAAAAUAUUAACCAAAUGCAUCCUUCUGACGAAUAGCUUCUCAGCUAUCGAAGAUCAUUCAAAGUUUAGAAACUAUAUGCUUAUGCCUAUCGACUACAUUUUGCGUAUUCGACCGUACGUUACAGAAAUUGCUUUGAAAAAUAAUUUCACCUAUGAGGAAGUAUUCCAUGACUUAAAUAUUCAUAUAUUUCUCGAACGAGAUAUCGUUACGGUACCUAGGGAUUUUUGGAGCGAAAGAGAGGAACCUUCUUACGGAGACGCGACAAUCGAUUAUUUCACUGCUAAACAAACGGAACCAGUAGACGUUAAGAAUCGUCCGAACGAGGAUGAAACCUAACAUACACUUGAUUCGCUCGCUUAUAAGGGAAAUCCGUCAAACAUCCGCUGAACGGAACGCAAAGGAUAAUAGUAUGGUGCGUUACAUCCUGGAGCAAUCACGAGCUCACAGAGAAACUUCUGAAGUUCUAUGUAA